AUGGCGCCGAGUGAGGACGCACCUCCGGAUGCUCAGUCUGAAAAUAGUGAAAAAUUGUGUAAAGGAUGUAGAUAUGUGGCUCGAUCGGGCUUUAUCUGUACUAAAUGUAGUACCGUUACUCAUUUUGGAUGUGCAAAACGAGUUAAAAAAUGUUGUGGCGAAACUUUGAGCGUAAACGUGGGUUUGGAAUCAGUCAACGAAUGCAGUAGUGAAAACAUUAAACUGCUAAGAGAAUUAGUAGAAGAACUCAAGAAAAAUAAUAAGCUUCUAUACGAUAAAGUGGAUUAUCUAGAAGAAAAAGUUGAAACUUUGGAAGGAAAACUGUCUGAAAAAACCGAAGAAUUAAAUAAGGUUAGUUCAUCCAUAAAAAAACCAUAUUCUGAGGUGGUAAAUGCAAAUAAGAAUAAAAUUCAAAAGGUAGGCAACCACGAAGGCAAGUUGGUACAACAGAAUACUUUAAUAGGUGAUGUCAAUAUCAAAAAUGACAGUGUAAACAAAAACACCGAAGAGGCCGGUGCACGAAUUAUAGAGGCUAGUGUACAAAACAAACCCAAAGCAAAUGAUUUAAAGAAAUUUAAGAAGAAAGUUAUAUAUGGAACUGCCAAGAAAAAUGGAACAGAAAUUGGUGCAUACAUGCCAAAAUCAAAAAUACAUGUAUCAAAACUUAAUUUGUCUGUCACAAAGGAAAAUAUUAUAACCUUUAUAAAGGGAGAACUACCGGAUAUGGAGGUCAACUGUGAGGAGUUGAAUGUCAAAUCAAAAGCUUAUAGAAGUUUUAAGUAA